UUUUGAAUGUAUUGAAAAAUCACAGAAUUGUUUUAAACAUGUGUAUUUAGAUUCCGUUCGGUUAAAUCUUAAAACAUUCCAUAUGUGUAUUUCCUUUUCGUGUUGGACAGGAGCCUGCAUGAACGUGCAUGUGACAGGAAAAAGUUUAUUUUCAUUUAUAGUUUUUGACUGCACUUUGCUCACCGUCAGGGAUGGAGGGAGAUAGGGACAAAGUUCACAGAGCACAUGGGGAGGAGGGGGAAGUUAAAAAAAAAAGACCUUUGAAAGCAUAACAGCAGGUGGAGGGCUAAAACCAGACAGCACAGAACGAGACGAGGAGAAAAUCAAACAGGAGAAAAUGAAAGCAAACUUCCUCUAUUAUCUAUACCAAGGACAGCCGUGCAAUACGUUUUGUAUGUAGACGCAUGAGUGUGUCUGUGUUCCUGAGGGUUUGUUACUGUGUGUUUGUUGGUGACCUGUGCCCUGUGUUGUCUGUGCGCUGCGUUAGCCAGGUGAGCAUUAGGCAACAGUGGAAUGGAGGGAGAAGAGAGGAAAGGAAAAGCAGGGCCGGGCCCUGGGCGUCUGUCUGCUCUCCAGGAGCAGCUGAUCUGGGCUCUGCUAGGGUCUGGACUCUCCCGGGAGGUCCUCGUCCAAGCCCUGGGAGAACUGGAGCGAGAGAGGGUCACCCCUCAUGCCGAGAAAGGGGACAGGGGGGAUGGUGAGAGUUCUGAGGAGGGAGAAAUGGAUUUUCCGCCCCCCAUAUUCCAGGAGCUGGAGGCACUACCACCAGAGGAGGCAGCCAGACAGAGAGCUCUGGUUGACCAACUGCUACAGGAGGAUCCAUGGCGCGUGGCUAAACUGGUGAAGAGCUACAUGCAGCAGCACAACCUCCCCCAGAGGGAGGUGGUGGAGUCCACUGGCCUCAACCAGUCACAUCUCUCCCAGCAUCUCAACAAAGGCACACCCAUGAAGAACCAGAAAAGGGCUGCUCUGUACAGCUGGUAUGUCAGGAAGCAGGGAGAGAUUAGCCAGCAGUUCACUAAUGCCAGACAUGGUUUGGGGUCAGGAGAAGAGCCAGGAGAGGAUGCCAGGAAAGGACGGAGGAACAGGUUCAAAUGGGGACCUGCCUCCCAGCAAAUCCUUUUCCAUGCCUAUGAACGACAGAAGAACCCAAGCAAAGAAGAGAGAGAGGGAUUAGUGGAGGAGUGUAACAGGGCUGAGUGUCUCCAGAGAGGUGUGUCUCCAUCCCAGCUGGCUGGCCUGGGCUCUAACCUAGUGACAGAGGUACGAGUGUACAACUGGUUCGCUAACCGCCGCAAGGAGGAGGCCUUCCGCCAUAAGCUGGCUCUCGAUACGCCUUACACAAGCCAAUCAGCAAGCUCCACCAACCACACACUCUCACAUAGCCCUGUGCAAGGAAUGAAGUACAGCCAGCAAAUCAUAUGUGACAGUAUGGAAUCAGUCAGGGGUCAAAAUGGAGACCGAGGCUUGGAAAGGCGCAUGGCCAGCCCCAUCCAACUGGAGCCCAGCCACACACUCCUGGAAACAAACCAUCACAAACCACUACCAACCACAUUCUUCCCCUUUCAGGUAUCAGGAGGGGGCUCACUGCCUCCAGUAAGCACCCUGACCUCACUGCACAGUCUGUCUGCCUCUCCUGCUCCGCCCCAGGGUCUCAUCAUGGCCUCCCUGCCCAGCGUCAUGAGUCUGGGGGAGUCCUCUCUCCUCAUAGGUCAAACUGUACCUGUCAUCAACAACAUGGGAGGCGGGUUCACCACACUUCAGCCAAUCUCUUUCCAGCAGCAGCUUCAGUCCUCGUCCCAGCAGCAACUCACACAGCAGUUCCAGAGCCAUAUGGGCCACCACAGUCCUUUCAUGGCCACCAUGACACAGCUCCCUUGUCACAUGUACAGCAAGUCUGAUAUGCCCCCCUACCCCUCAUCCAGCCUCUUGUCCCAAGCCAUUGUCAUCACUGACAGCAGCAGCCUGGGAACACUGACCAAUCUAACGGCAGUCAGACAGAUUCUGACCACAGACCCGGAGGAGCAGACCGACCAGCCCAUACAGGCAGACUCCUUACACCUACAGUCCCCUUCACCUGUGCCAGUUUCCUCUGGUUCCAUAGAGCUGUAUCCUCCAUCUCAGACGAGUGAAACCCAUCCAUCUCACCUCCUCUCCUCUUUGCCAGCAGACAUCAGCUCCUACAUACCUGCACAGAUGGUUUCAACUGCACAGUAGCAACAGAACGUAACCCAUAGGUGACAGGGACUCAAGUAUUAUUUGAGAAGGUCUGGUCACAAAGAUUUUGCAUGGCAGUCAUCUUAAUAAAUAGUACCUCAAACAUGGAAUCCAAAAAAGAUUUCAACUGUUUAUAUCUGUUUAUACCUACAGUAGUGGCAUUGAUAAUAUUUUGCAGCUAUCAGGGCUAUCACCUUGCAAUGCUGCACCAUUUGCCUUGUCUUUUGUGUGUUCAUAUGACAUGAGUGGGCAAAUCCUGACUGAUGUCCCCCCACAAACAAUUUUACUCUGCCGUAAUGACCCGGUUCUGGGUUUAGAUCCAGCCUACGGUCUGCCGGUUAAGGCACAAUUUAAUGUGAAGGCAUGGGUGUAAAUUGGGGUGUAACAACAUAUGUUAUUACAAGUAGAAAACGGUAUGAAGUUACUAGCCUUGUUAUUUGAAGAAGCCAUCCAUUACAGAAAACAGUGUAAUCCCUUUUCUACCAAUACUACUUAUUUUGUGGGGUUUUGUGAAGGAUAAACCAUUUAGGUUGGAAUAAUCAGGUAUUUUGAUGAUGAAAGUAUCAAACUUUGUAUGCUACUACAUUACUAGAUACUUUAAGGAACAUUUUGAAGAUUGGAAUCAGUCUGCAGAGGCUGGCAGUCAGCAAGUGCAGCCAUUUUAAAAUAAUGCACUUCAGAUUUCCUGUUAGAAGAAAAUAGGUACAUUUUUUAAAAACAAUAUUAAAAUGACUAUGUAAUGUUAUCUAUCCACUAAAUAAAAACUAUAGACAACUUCUGAUCAUAAAGUAGUCUUAAAUGGGCCUUUUUACUGUUGAGUUUUGUUACAGAUACAAUUGCUUGUCACAUUUUGCUAAGACAUCACUUGCCAAUGUGAAAAUGUGUCUAAGCAUGUUAUAAAAUGCUCUAAAACACUCCAAACCAUAGACAUGCUAAUCUUCUCUUUAAUGUUUUCUAACAAUCAUCAUAGGUGUCGCCUAAAGUCUACCGAUUGCAAUGAUCUAUAAUAUUAUAUUCUGUUUUGUGUAAAGAAAAAAGGUGACAGGUAACCUGCUCUCACAGUAGAAAUGCAUUAUGUCCAGCAGAGGAACAGGUCCCCCAUUUUAUUAGACCUUUCACUUCUCUAUGCAAAGGGAUUGAACGUCUAAAUAAAGAUUUCUUGCUAUAGUGCUAUUGUAGAUUUAAUAACGUUCUUAUUCCCUAAAAGACUAGUUUUUCAAAAUAACCAGCAACCAUGAACAUUGGUUCUAAUUGUCCAUCAUUCACAUGAUUUUAUGCUGGCUUCAGAUGCUUUUCAGGAAUAGCAAAUUUGGAACAAUUUGUCACUAAUAAGAUUUUAGCUAGCUUGACAGUUCAGUUAAUAAUUAAGUUACCUAGCUUGCUUAACAUUGACAAUGUUCAAAAU